UAAUACCCGGUAGGUUUUUCCCCCCUUUCUGCUCCAUUAUUAGUUUACCGUUUUUCUCACUCUCUUCGGUUAUGUUUAUUCAUUUUAAUUACUCUUUUCCUUCAAUCCCCAUUUUCAUUUGGCGUAUAACAGUCACAAACGUCAUAGCUUCACCAACAACCUGCUUCUUCUUCUUCUUCUUCAGAGCUUCAAUGGCAGCAUUGGUUUGAAACCACUUUUACCCUUUUUCUUUUUGCAAGUCUAUUUGGGUAAUCAUAACUUUGCUGUUUCUGCUUUUUUAGUUGCUUUUUUAGCUAUCCACUACUUUGUUUGAGUUCAUUUGAAUUUGAUACCCCAUCGUGCUAUUUGUUACAGGGAAAUCAUUGCAAUUUUUUUGUUCUCAUUUCUCUUUCACCCAUUUGCUUUUUCGACCUGCAUUUUGAAAUUUCUUGUUCAAAUUUGUGAAUUACUUUUGCUUUCUUUUCUUCGGGUAAUUGUUUGUUUGUUUUAGAUCUUAAGCCAAUAAUUUGCCUUUGUUUUGCUGCUUUUUUGCGCUCUGUUUUCUAGGAAAGUUGUAUUUUAUAUUGUUUGGUUUUUGUUUUCUCUCUUUCUCGUUUCUUGUAAUUCUGGGAUUCCUUCAAAGUCCAGCAAAGCGAAUGACGGAGUAAAGAACAAAAAGAAGCUUGGUUUGGAGUGAGAAGGACUCUCUUUUGUUUCUGAAAUAUAAUAAAACCCUUUUUUGACUAAACUUCAAAAAUUCAAACCCUCCGAGUUUUAUCAACUUUUCUCGACAAUGUCUUUGGAAUCUGGUUUUUCCACUUCUCUUUUCCUUCACAUUCUCUUCUCCCUUUUUAUAUUGAUUUCAAAUUUGUCUGUCUAAGCUAUUUUUCUUUUCUUUUUCCUUUUCCCUCUUCUGGGUUCAAUAUAGUUUAAACCAUAGACGCACUGAGGGAGAAACAAGCCACUACAGUUGCAGAAACAUCUCGUUCUGUACCCUACAGACCUGACCUCUAAUGGAAGCUCUGUGGAUUUUCCGCUUCGUUUUGGUUAUGGGGUUGGUUUUUUCGCCCAUUAAUGGCGACCCAGUUGAAGAUAAGCUAGCUUUGCUUGAUUUUGUGAAGAAUCUCCCUCACUCUCGCUCUCUUAAUUGGAAUGCGGCUUCUCCGGUUUGUCAUUACUGGACUGGUAUAACUUGUAGUCAAGAUGAAUCUCGUGUUAUAGCUGUUCGUUUGCCCGGAGUUGGUUUUCACGGCCCGAUUCCACCGAAUACUCUCAGCCGGCUGUCGGCGCUGCAAAUAUUGAGUCUCAGAUCCAAUCGUAUAACUGGGGAUUUCCCUUUGGAUUUCUCGAAGCUUAGUAACUUGUCUUAUCUUUAUCUUCAGUUCAACAACUUCUCUGGGCCAUUGCCUUCCAAUUUCUCUGUCUGGAAGAAUCUCAUCUUUGUGAAUCUCUCUAAUAAUGGCUUCAAUGGUCAAAUUCCUAAUUCACUUUCUAAUCUAACUUCACUUACGGGUUUGAAUCUGGCCAACAACUCUCUCUCAGGAGAAAUACCUGACCUCCAAAUCCCCCGAUUGCAGGUUCUGGAUUUGUCUAACAACAAUCUGAGUGGGAGUUUGCCUAAAUCUUUGCAGAGAUUUCCAAGGUCUGUAUUUGUAGGCAAUAAUAUAUCCUUCGGAAGUUCUUUAUCAAACAAUCCUCCUGUACCGGCACCACUGCCCGUGUCGAAUGAAAAGCCGAAGAAGUCUGGGGGGCUUGGAGAAGCAGCAUUGUUAGGAAUUAUAAUUGCUGGUGGUAUAUUGGGACUUCUGGCAUUUGGCUUUCUAAUCCUUGUUUGCUUUUCAAGAAGGAAGAGGGAAGAUGAAUAUUCUGGGGAUCUUCAGAAAGGCGGAAUGUCGCCAGAAAAAGUGAUAUCAAGGACUCAAGAUGCAAACAACAGAUUGGUUUUCUUUGAAGGGUGCCAUUAUGCUUUUGACUUGGAGGAUCUGUUGAGGGCUUCUGCUGAGGUCUUGGGGAAGGGAACUUUUGGUACUGCCUAUAAAGCAAUUCUAGAGGAUGCCACCAUAGUUGUAGUUAAAAGGUUGAAGGAUGUAAGUGCUGGGAAACGUGAUUUUGAGCAGCAAAUGGAGAUUGUUGGCAGUAUCAGGCACGAGAAUGUGGCUGAAUUGAAGGCCUACUAUUAUUCCAAAGAUGAGAAGCUGAUGGUUUAUGAUUUCUUUGGUCAAGGAAGCGUCUCUGCAAUGUUACACGGUAAACGCGGAGAGGAAAAAACCCCAUUAGAUUGGGACACGAGACUGAGAAUUGCAGUUGGUGCAGCACGAGGAAUCGCCCGUGUCCAUGCUGAAAACGGCGGGAAGCUCGUGCAUGGAAAUGUGAAAUCGUCAAACAUAUUUCUGAACUCUCAACAGUAUGGAUGUGUGUCUGAUCUUGGACUAGCAACCAUAACAAGCUCGCUCUCUCCCCCUAUAUCUCGUGCUGCAGGUUACCGAGCCCCAGAAGUGACAGAUACUCGCAAGGCAACACAAGCUUCAGAUGUUUUCAGCUUUGGUGUCGUGCUCCUCGAGCUUCUAACUGGAAAGUCUCCGAUCCACGCAACAGGUGGCGAAGAGAUUGUCCAUUUGGUUCGAUGGGUUCAUUCAGUUGUAAGAGAGGAGUGGACAGCAGAGGUAUUUGAUGUAGAGUUGAUGAGGUAUCCCAACAUAGAGGAAGAAAUGGUUGAGAUGUUACAAAUAGCCUUAUCAUGUGUGGCCAGGAUACCUGAUCAAAGACCGAAAAUGCCGGAAAUUGUGAAGAUGAUCGAAAACGUUCGUCCAAUGGAAGCCGAGAACCGACCUUCCACGAAUCAAUUAGAAAGCUCAAUGCUGCCGCAAGCUGUUGAGACAGAAAAUUCAACCACUCAGUGAGUUGGAGCCUAUUUGUUCUUUUAGUUCCUUCUCAUAUUUAGUAUUUUGCCAAGUUUCUUUCUCUCUCUAUCUCCCUUUUUUAGAUUUGAAUCUCUUCUUCAGAUUCUAGUUUUGCAACAGUUAAUGAACUCAACUGUUAAACUUAUUUUACUUCAACUUGAUCUGAGUCGGCUGAAGAAAUUCAAAUCA